CAUGCGACGCGAACAUCGAGGUGAAAGUGCAAGCUGCCAUUUUUUGAAAGAAGUCUUUUUGAUGAGUUAGGCGACCAAAGCCAAAGUGUGAGUUUCGCCGUUAGCGCUUCGUCGUUGGGUUUUUUAUGCUGGUGGGUUGACACGUAUUAAUCGGGCUUGUUACAGAAGUUCUGUGUAUCCAGAGUCUGUUUGGAGAGCAGGCUAGCACAGGGCUGCACUGCUCUGCAGAUGGCUGCUUAGCUCGGUUGGCUAACGUUAGCUGGUGCUGUAAACAAACACUGGACUGAGUGAAGAAGCAGCUGCUGAUAAAGGAGCUCAUCUUCAUCGCAGGCUUGCUUUAGCGGAUUUGGUCGAUAAUUCAGGAAGCUGGGAGCUAAGCUCGGGGCUCAGUCGCGUUAACGCUGGUCGGAGUCGGUCCGGUCACAAGGGAAGCGCCCACUUACUCACCGGCAUGUCGUCCUUCUCUGAGUCCGCCCUGGAGAAGAAGCUGUCGGAGCUGAGCAGCUCGCAGCAGAGCGUCCAGACUCUGUCUCUGUGGAUCAUCCACCACCGCAAACACUCGGCCCUCAUCGUCAAAGUGUGGCACAGAGAGCUGAAAAAAGCUAAAAGCAGCAGGAAGCUGACAUUCCUGUAUCUGGCUAAUGAUGUCAUCCAGAACAGCAAGAAGAAAGGCCCCGAGUUCACCAAAGACUUUGAGUCUGUGCUCGUCGAUGCCUGCUCCCAUGUUGCCAGUGAUGCAGACGAGAACUGUAAAAAGCACAUGGAAAGACUGCUGAACAUCUGGAAGGAGAGGAACCUCUACAGAAGCGACUUCAUCCAGCAGCUCAAACUCGCCAUAGAAGACUCAAACAGCCCCAGGCCUUCAGAAGAAAAAAAGCCAGUGAAAAGAAGCUAUCAAAAGAUCCAGGAAGAUGAGGACGAUGAUGACAACGACUAUAGAAGCCACACUUCUCCUCGCAACGCAGAUUCCACGGCAACUCAGCUGACAGAGGAGCUGGUAAAAGCCCUGCAGGACUUAGAGAACGCUGCAUCAGGUGACGCAGCUGUUCGUCAGAAGAUUGCCUCGCUGCCGCAGGAAGUCCAGGAUGUUUCCCUGCUGGAGAAGAUCACAGACAAAGAAGCCGCAGACAAGCUCUCAAAAACUGUGGAUGAAGCCUGCUUGCUGCUGGCAGAAUAUAACGGGCGCCUGGCCGCAGAGCUGGAGGACCGGCGGCAGUUAGCACGUAUGCUCACUGAAUACAUCAGCAGCCAGAAGGAGGCACUCAUGGAGAGAGAGAAGAAACUGGAGGAGUAUAAGCAGAAACUGGCGAGAGUGACUCAGGUGAGGAAGGAGCUCAAGUCACACAUCCAGAGUCUCCCUGACCUUUCGCUGCUGCCCAACGUAACUGGGGGUCUGGCCCCGCUCCCCUCAGCAGGCGACCUCUUCUCCACCGAUUGAGAACCCUUUGCCUCGACGAAGUCUCCCGUAUGCUCCUCCCCAGCCAAUCUCAGCUCCACGUUGGAUUUACAGAAAUACUCCCAACUGUGUCUCCAGCCAGAGGACACGUGUGGUCAAUCCUCUUAACAGUCGCCAGCCCACCUGCUAACUCAAACCUGCAGGACGAGGACGAGGAAGGCUUUUGGUAAAAUGAGAAUGCUCUGCAGAGGAGAAUAAAGACUCUGUCAGCCUGUUUAUUUUGUUAGUUUUUUUCCCCCGUACCCUCUCGAUCGUCAAGGAUUCCACUUCACCAGCUUGGAACAAGUUUCCUGUUGCUUUUAUUUUGUUUUAAAUGCUGGAAGUUUCAGUGAUUUAGGAAGAGGAGCUUAGACGUAAACCUGGUUAUCAGGACAUGUCAGUCGAAGCAUCUGGCUGUAAGUUAUAGUUCGGAUUCAGUGAGCAAAGGCUGUCUGUCCGCUCUCUUAAUUCCUAAAGGCUGUGGCUACACUGUGAAGAGGAUGUACCAUUCAUUAGGUUUACUUUUUGACUUUUAUUUGCUUGGUUUUUAUCGACAAAUUAGAGAGAUUGUUGAUUUACGGUGUGUAAGUGUGUGUUUGUAUAGUUA